AGGGGCAGGCAGCUGCUGUUUCCUACGGCUCGCGGCAGCUUGGGGGAAAACAGCAGGAUGCCGUGGGGGAGAAGCGGCUCGGCGGCGGCGGCGCUGCUGCUGCUGUCGGGCAGAGCCAUCGGGCGCGCCAAGGCCAGAGACCCCAGCCCCACCGAGAUGAGUGUGGAGCCCUGGGCCAGCCCGCAGGACCAGGCAGCCGCUGAGCACCCACACAGCACGCUACCCGCCCAGGACCAGGAGCAGCACCCCGACAAACUCUGCCUGGACUCCUUCUGGAGCGAGGUGGAGACCAUCCGACAGGGGAGUGGCUACACGGACCUGGACUGCAGCAGGAGAGACUCCCGACAGUCAGAAGAAGGUGAGCAGGAGGAGCAGUGGUUGGCUGACGCUGGUUUGUCCAACCUCAUCGGCGAGGACAGCGGAGAUGUGGACAAUGUGAUGUUGCUGUCCACUCUGACCCGCACGCAGGCCGAGGCCGUCCAGCGCCGACUGGACUCCUACACGCUCUCCCUCCGCAAGAGGAACAAAUCGACGCCCCGCGACGUUCGCGACAUCUUCAACUCUCAGACUCUUCUGCCCGACUCUCAGCACGGUGAAGACCCGGCUCAAGACAGCAUGGCUUCUGUUGCCAAGACACCACUUUCAGCUCUGACACCUGAGCACCGGCGAGGUGUCCCUAAAGAGGAGUUCUUCAUCACCGACGUGGCUUACUGCGAACAGGCCGUCAUCUUCCUCAAACAGGCCAAACUGCCGCAUAACAACAGCCAACGCAGGAGGGAGGACGGGACGCUGCCUCGGGUGAUCUGCCCCAAGUGCCGCCUCGGAGUGACUCGGAUCCAGGACCUCUCCCACACCGACAUGAAGAAGGUGCGUCAGCUGGCGCUCAUCGACAUGACGGCGCUGUGCGACCUCCUGGAGCUCGAGGUCAAAAGACACAAGUCGGGCAAGAGGAAAAUCCCAGAGAGCUCUCUCUUCGGGGUGCAGUUGGCCACGCUGCUGGACAGCGAUCAGAAAGUGAAGCCCAACACCUCGACGCCUCUCUUCCUGCAGGCGAUGUUGUCAUUUCUGGAGAAGAAAGGAGUCGACUCGGAGGGGAUCCUGCGGGUUCCAGGGUCUCAGUCCAGAAUCAAGCUGCUGCAGCAGAACUUGGAGGCCAACUUCUACUCGGGUCAGGUGAGCUGGGACGAGGUGAGUCCAAACGACGCCGCCGCGCUCCUGAAGAAGUUCAUCCGGGAGCUGCCCGCUCCUCUGCUCACCGCCGAGUACCUCAACACCUUCAGCGGCGUCAGAGACAUCACAGAGCUGAAGCAGAAACUCCACAUGUUAAACUUGCUCAUCCUGCUGCUGCCUGAGCCCAACAGGAACACACUGAAGGCUCUCCUUGAGUUCCUCAGUAAGGUGGUUUCCAGGGAGAAGAGGAACAGGAUGAACCUUUGGGCCGUGGCGACCAUCAUGGCUCCCAACCUCUUCCUCCAUAAGGCCAUCCCCAGCAGACUGACGGAGGGGGCAGAGAAGGGACAUGCGGAGAAAGCAGCUGAUGUCAUGAGGCUCCUCAUCCGCUACCAGGACCUGCUCUGGACGAUCCCCAACUUCCUCAUGAGCCAGGUGCGUAAGGUGAACGAGAACAGUAACCGACGUUACCAGUUUUACGACCGUCGCAUCAAGAACCUGCUGAGGAAGAUCCACACAGACAGCCGGGAGAAACCGGACAAAAACACCUCAGAGCAGAGCCGUACGGUGAAGAUCCAGGUUGGGGAUCUGGUGAGCGGCACCAUGGAGUUUCAGCUCAACAUCAACUCACGCACCUCCGACCUGCUCGCCCAGUUUCAGCGCCAGUUCCACCGUCAGUUCGUCCACAGCCCCGAAAAUGGAAAAGGCAAAAUGCGAAGAAACGGCUCGGUGGCGUAUCCGGACUGCGCCGUGUACGAAGUGGGCGGGAACAUCGGUGAGCACUGUCUGGACGCCGACACACACCUUCAGGAUCUGUACAACCAUAACCCAGGAGGGGAGUGGGUCAUCAAGCUGAGACCCAACUCCGGCCGAGGGCUGUGACACGGAGGCCUUGGACAGACUGAAGGAUUCUGGGAACAGGUCUCUGAAGAUGACAAUAGCAAAGCGUGAGAAAAGAUCAAAUCCACGCCGCCUCCACCUCUGAGCAACACAGGAGAGAGAGACAGACAGAUGGAGGGAGAGGAAAAUGAAAAAGGGAGACUCUGCCAGGAGCAGAGCCUAAAAGCAGUCUAUGAUCAGAUGGACACACACACACACUGCGCAUUUUCGUCUUUCCCUCCAUCUUCCUCUGCCUCCUCUCCAUCAUUUCUCUCUGGGGCCGCGGUGCCGAGAGGGAAAGAGCUGCUGACGUGCCUCAUUACUUCCGACAGAGAACCUGCUGCAUAGAAAAGCGAGGGGAGAGCGGCCGGGCAGUUUGGUUCACCAUCUUUCCUCCUGAACCGUCGUGUUCAACCAUUAGAGAGCAGAUGGGGCUGCAGAGCACCUCUGGCUACAGAGAGCCGAGUCCCUCCCCUUCUCUCAGGCCAGUCACACUGCCUGUUUUUCAUUCUGGAGCCUUUAAAUGAAAAAGGAAACAUGAUUCCUUUGUUUUCUGUCCAUUUUCUACAAAAAAAUUGAAUUGCUGCAGUUUUUGUUGUUUUAUAGGAGAGAAAACCACAUUAUUUUAAGUGUGACAUCUGUGUUGACUUUAAGCUGACAACACAAGAUCAGAACACACAACCAGAGAGAGAGAGAGAGAGAGAGAGAGAGAGAGAGAGAGAGAGAGAGAGAGAGAGCUGAGAUCUUUGUUCAGACGUCUAGAGAAAAGGCCUUUGUGUCAUUUUCACUUUAGAUAUACGACAACACACAAGUAUUUAAUGGUAUCAGCUGUUAGCAUUUUCUCCUGCACAUGUACUUAUUAUACAGAGUUGAUUAGAAACUCGCUCACACAAACACAUGAGGUUCUCUCAAAUUCACCAAACCAGGCCCCUCCAUUCAGAAGCCACACAAGUUGAAACCCCAGACCAAACUAUUUAUUAAAGUCAAUCAUUAACAAUUAUAGAGGAAGCAAACAAUAAAAAGGAUGCAAAUUGAGCUGAAGUGAGGUAAAGGUCAACAAGAAAUCAUCCUCACACUUUAUUCCCUUAAUUAUGGACAAAAAUCAUAUAAAUGCAUUUUGGUGUAACGUUAUUAUGUCCCCCUGGCCAUCCACACCCUUUCAGUUUGAUUCCAAAAACCUGUUUACCUGUUUAUAUGUGACAGAUUUAGCUUAACUGACUGAAAACACACUGCAGAUGAACAGACGCUCAUUUAGCUCAGAAUAUGGAUAGAACCCCUUUUUUUUCUCUAUUUAAGAAACAUUAAUAGUAAUAAUAAAAAUGGCCACCAGAGAAGAUUCAUUGAAAUGCUCGAGGAACAGAAGCCAAACUGGAAAUGCUGCUGGGACGUCAGCUCUUUGUAAACACACAGUUACAGGCCGAUCAAUCGACUAACAAACCGCUUGAUCUGUAUUACUCUCUCUCUCUCUCUCUCUCUCUCUCUCUCUCUCUCUCUCUCUCUCUCUCUCUCUCUCUCUCUCUCUCUCUCUCUCUCUCUCUCUCUCUCUCUCCCUCCCUCCGUCUGUGCCAUUCAAAGCCCCCCACCCCCUUUUAUCUGUGAAACCCCUGAAAUCUCCUGGGCCUUAUAAAAAUCCACGGACUUCCAAGGACCCUUGACCUGCACAGAUCUGAGCUCAAAGAGACGAUCUUUCUUUUAUCCCUUUUUUGAUACCAGGGGGAUUUGGUGUCACAACCUCAAGGACAGCGACUGCACGUCUUUAAAAAGAAAAAAAAGAAAAAAGGGAGUUGUUAAGGACUCGCCGUGAAGCUGGUCUUCAGUUAAACUCAUGAACGGAGCCGAAAGUGCUGAAGGGACUCCUGGGGUGGACUGGGAUUGUUGUUAUUGUUAUUUAUAUGAAUGUAAAACCGUUGUUGCUUCCGUAUCUGAUGAGUAUUCUGUAGACUAGACAGAUGUUAGGCUAACGCUGCACUCAGUGUUGUGUUAAGUGGCCCAUACCCAGUGUGGGAAUUUGCAGUGUUGUUGUACAUAUUUUUUUGGACGGACCUCUUUAUAUCUGUUUCUCCUGAACAGACCAGGGAGAUGAAUGUCUUUGUGUAAAUAUUUCUCGGUCCUGCUGGAUUCUGUGCAGCCGGACGGUUUGAUGUGAUCGCGUAGCUUCCUGAAGCCAUUAAGUUAUUCCACAUACACACACACGCAGACACAAAGCAGCAAAUGAAUGUGUUUAACAUUUUGUACCCGACGUCACGCGCCAAUCGUUCGCUCCUCGCAGCCGGAGCCAUGUUGUCGCCGCGCGGCCAUUUUGUGGAAGCGUCUCGCACACUGCACUCGAUAGACAGAGUAAUGACAGCCGGCCCCGGCACCGACAUCCAUCAACACCCCUCCGCUCCAUCUCUGUCACCGCCCUAAUAAUGGACCUUAAUGGCAGCACAGCGCCUGCAUGGGAAAGGCGGCAGAGGAAUCACAUUUCUCUGAUAAAGGAGGGGGUUAAUAAAUGGCUGUUAUAAAUUCUGAUGGCCUGGGCCUGGCGACAGCAGCAGGAGCGUGUGCGUAUGUGUUGUGUGUGUGUGUGUGUGUUUAUGUGCAUACAUGUGUGUGUGUGUGACGAGCUUCAUUACACAAGUCCAAUUGGCCCAUCCCAGGGUCCCGGGCACAGUUCAGUGCCUCGGCACAAAGCGAGCUGAUGAAACCGCCUUCUGCUGACAAUCAGGAGAACUAGGUCACCUCUGAAGCAGCUUCCCAGAGGGCGAGCGGAGUGUGAGUCCACACACCCCCGAGCAGCGGAGCACAUGGACGCAUGUUGUCCAAACACACAUGACACACACACACGUACACACCAAAAUAAAGGGGGCAAAAGUUCACACACACAACACCGGUUUCCUGUUGACACUGUCUGUGUUUGUAAAUAUGUGAAUGUUUGUGUGUGUGUGUGAGAGAAGGAGAAGUUUAGCUGUAGAUCUCUGGAACUGUUUAAAAUCACUCGACACUAAACGAUGGACAGUGAUGUGGACACUAAUCAUCACAAUGUGUCUGUGCUUUUACUGUGGUCGAAGAUUUUAGUCUUCAGACAUCAGAAUGUAUAUUUAUGCCCUUUACACCUGUCAUUGUUUUUUAAUACAUAUGUGAAACCACUUUGCUGUAGAAAGAAAAACAACUUUUGAAAAACGUUCCUUUUCUAUGUGAAUAAAUGUGAAUCUAAUGUUGUGCUGAA